AUGCCAAGAUACUCGAAGAACGACUUCGAUCAGGUAAAUAUUGCCUUAUCUAUCUGUCCAGGACUGUUUGAUAAACUAACUAUGGCGGUGGUGCUUAUCUUAUGGUUAUCUGCACUUACUGCAACGGCCUUCGGCAAUAUUUUACAAGCUGACCCUUCAUCGAUAGUCUACGAAGGUCAAGCUCGAUUUACCAUCUUAUCAACGCGCCUUAUUCGUCUCGAAUGGUCACCAACGAAAGAGUUUCUCGACGGUAAAACAUGGCUAGUACAAUCACGUCAAAUUCAACCAACGCCGCCAGUCUAUAAUGUAACCCGAAAUGAUACUCAUCUACGAAUCGAUACGAACUAUAUCACAUUAGAAUAUUUGAGAAAUAGUGCAACAACGUUCAGUCAACACAACAUUCGUGUGACCGUCAAAGUCAAUCCUUCGAAAGGAGAAACUGUUGUAUGGAAUGCUAUACCGAACGAAGAGUUUGAUGGUAAUCUUCUCGGCACACUUCGUACAUUAGAUGGAAAUCGUGAUUCCAAAUUAGAACUAGAUUGUCGAAAUCAACCUCGUAGUGAUUUACAUUGUACCUACGGCGUUAUUUCUCGUCGUGGUUAUGCUCUUGUCGAUGAUACUCAUCAACCACAAUUAGACGACGAUCCACAAUGGCCAUGGAUUGUCAAUAAACAAUAUUCACCACCUGAUCCAUCCCUUUGCCAAGCUGUACCAGUGAACGAACGUCGAACUUGUGGCACAUUCAAUAAUACCAAUCAACACGAUUGUGAACUGCGUGGAUGCUGUUUUCAAAGUCCAUCAUCGUGUUUUUAUUCAUCUCAAGCACAACAAGACUUAUAUUUGUUUGGUCAUGGUCGAGCUUAUCCUCAAGCUCUAUACGAAUUUACUCGUCUGGCUGGUUCGAUUCCACUUCCACCUCGGUACAUUUUCGGUGUAUUUUUCAGUCGUUAUUGGGCAUAUGCUGAAUACGAAGAACGACAAAUCAUUACAGAAUAUAUUCAACACGACGUGCCACUAGAUGUACUUGUCACCGAUAUGGAUUGGCAUAUUACAUUUUAUAAAUUAGCUUCGAAUGAUACAAAAGAUCAAGCUGGCCAAACAAUUGGUUGGUCAGGGUAUACAUUCGAUGAACAUUUAUUUCCAGAUCAUCAAAAAUUUCUUCAAUGGUGUAAACAACUAGGACUUAAAAAUACUCUAAAUCUCCAUCCAGCAUCAGGUAUUCAACCAUGGGAAGAAAAGUACAAGGAGAUGGCAGAAGCUAUGGGCAUCGAUCCUUCAACAAAACACUACGUACCUUUCAAUGUAACCGACAAGAAAUUUACGUCAGCAUGGGCAAAUAUUGUUCUACAUGCGCUUCAACAAGCCGGUAUUGAUCUUUGGUGGCUAGAUUGGCAACAAGGUGAAGAAGGUUGGAUGAACGAUAUACCAUAUACAAAUCCAACGUUUUGGUUGAAUCACGUCUUUUUCACUGAUCCUUACUUUGGACAGAAUCGUCCAGCUCUUCUACAUCGAUGGGGUGGCCUUGGCAAUCAUCGCUAUCAAGUCGGCUUUUCUGGUGAUGUGAUACCAUCAUGGGACACGCUUUCAUUUCAACCGCGUUUUACUGCUACAGCAGCGAAUGUUGGCUACGGUUUUUGGAGUCAUGAUCUCGGUGGACACACUCAAGAACCGGAUCCAGAAUUGUAUACACGAUGGGUUCAAUGGGGUGCGUUUUCACCAAUGUUUCGAACACAUUGCACGAAAAAUGCCAAUAAUGAUCGACGACUUUGGACGUUUCCUUGGAUAUAUCAAAAUAAUCUAGCCCGAUUUACUCGAUUACGUCAAGCGCUUAUACCCUAUCUUUACACAGCUGCUCGACGUACAUAUGAUUCAGGUUUAUCCGUUGUUCUUCCGCUCUACUAUAACUAUCCGGAAAAUGACGAAGCUUAUACAUUUUCAAACCAAUAUUUCUUUGGAUCGAGUAUUUUCGUCUCACCCAUCAGUCAACCUGUCGAUGCAAGUACUGGUCUUGUCGAUAAUUGGCCCAUCUGGUUUCCACCUGACUUCCAAUGGGUUAACUUCUUCACCGGUGAUCUUUCAUCAUCAUCAGUCAAGAAGUCAUUCACGAUCGAUGAAAUGCCAGUCUAUGCUCAAGUUGGUUCCAUCAUUCCACUUUUACCUGAACCACGUAGUAGCCGUGAUAGAAUUGGUCGUGCACAGCAAAUUCCACAAAAAUUACUCUUGUACACAUUAAUCGGUGGAUCCGUCAAAGGAAGAGGAUAUGUUUAUGACGAUGACGGAUUUACUUCAGCAUAUAAAGAUCCUUCGCGUACAACAAGUGCGGUCACUCGUUACGAUUACUCAGUAUCAGGAAAUACCUUACAAUUCACUAUAUCUGCUGCAACCGGUUCUUUUAGCUCAUUUCCAACACAACGAUCGUAUGAAAUUCAACUACGAGGUGUCUUUCCUGCUACGAGCGUUCUGAUCAAUGGCGCUUCUGUUAUCUACGAAUCAUUCAAUGAACUAAUCAACGGUCAAGAUGGAACGACCAAUGCUUACACGUAUGAUGGAUCAAGUCUCUCAGUUAUCAUCUAUGUUCGUCAAGCUGUUUCCACAUCACAAGCAACUAUGAUACAAGUUCAACUAUCCGACAGCAUCGCGCAUCCAUUCCUUGUUCAACCGCCGGUUUCGUUCGUGGGUCUUCUUGCUCGAUGUCAAUCAGCUAAGGCACGACUUGACUACGAAUGGGGUGUCAGAACUGUUUUCAUGGAUGAUUAUCCCUUGUUAUUAGAUGCUGCUGCGACUGGUCUUCGUAUAACCCAUGCUCCUGCAACUGCGAAAGAUGAAUUAAAUCAAUUCUUCAAUGAACGUAUGCCCGGUGCAUGUGAUGAAGUGGCAAAUAAGAUCAGUAAUCUUGAUCCCAAUGUUCGAAGUAUAUUAUUAGCACAAUUACAAUGUAACACAUUCACAAGCAAAUAA